AAUUCAUUUCAGCGGACUGACCAACUGUUGGUAGGGAUCAGUACACCACUAACUGGUUUGUUAUCAAAAGGGAAAGCAUUCUGUUCAUGUGCCCUAUGGAUAACAGAGCAGUCCCAUGGAGCCUGUCUCCCGCACUGGACACCUUGUUUCCACGCCAUAUUCCCCAUUACCUACAGCAGCCCCAACCCGACUGGAGCAACCCCGAGCCCCAUACCAACCAGACGGUUAACCGCAAUGACUACCUCAAUGCACAGUCGGCCAAUCCCUUGGCAGCCUUAUUUGCAACGCCCUUUUCCGAGGCUCACCAUCACCUGCAGAGCCCGAGUGAUUUCUGUCCGUCGUCAUGCCAGGUACCAGUGACUUUUGUCCCCUCUGGCAAUCCUACUCAACAGCAUUUGAAAGUAACCCCAUCGUAUUAUUGCUCCUCUACCGGCUUUCUUCAUACUGGGCGGAGUGGUAUUGGGCCUUCUGACAGGCUGUCACCCGGACGCUUACUGAGGUCGACCGAACCCGAGGCAUCGGGCUCCGCCGCUCUCUUGUGUCCCCCAGAUCAUGCGGUGUCACUUCCAAGAAGACCCACGUUACUCGAAAGGGAAUAUCGAUUUCCACAAGCCCAAACAUUUGAAAACGAGGCGUUCCAUUCUUUUUUCGCCACUUGCCCACAGAUUGGCUUCCUUAAUCCGUCAGCCAAAUACGCCAGAUAUGCAGCACCGCAAAGUUUGCGAUCGGCAGCUGUGAACUCCUCCGUUUCAUCAUUCCUGGACUUGCGAACAGAGGCAAAGAUGAACGAAAACCGGUUCGAGACGGGUGUGUUGGGACCCGGUGCUUCAUGUGCAAUUGGUGGCAGCACUCAGACUCAGUGCCUAUCACACUUGUCGGCAUUGAGUGCACAACAGCAACCACAGCAUCUGCAUUCACAACCCAUGCAUCCAGCCCUUUCCACUUUGCCAUCGUCUUCGCUGACCUCCGAGGCUUCGAGCAACACGGUAGCUGCAGUCGCUGCCAUAGCGGCAGCGGCGAAUUACAUGGCCGGCAAUACCGAUUUCAGUCAGCUCAGCUGUCAUUCAGAAGGAGCCAACGGUAUACUGGAUACAAGGCUGUCGGAUCGAUCAUCGUCCUCGCCGCUGGAGGCGCACUGUAACCAGAACCCGGACUCUUCCGCCACGGUGAUAAGUUCGAAAUCCUCCUCCUUGUCGCCAACUCAGAUAUGGCCAUGGAUGACCGUUGUUGGUGAGUGA